UUGGCAGGUUCUGGCCAAUGUGCUUGACAUCGUCAUAGAGUUCACAGAAGAAGGCACGACGGAGUACGGGCUGUGGAAGGAGAUUCUGUUCCUCGUGGACUUCCUGUUCUGCGGAGCGAUCCUCUUCCCGGUUAUAUGGUCCAUCAGGCAUCUACAGGAGGCAUCGGCUACAGACGGGAAAGCUGCGAUCAACUUGGCGAAGCUGAAGCUCUUCAGACAUUACUACGUCAUGAUCGUCUGCUUCAUAUACUUCACCCGGAUCAUCGCCAUUUUUAUUAUGGUUGCAGUCCCCUUCAAAUGGAAGUGGAUGUACCAGCUCCUGGAUGAAGUGGCCACCUUCAUACUCAUUGUGUUAACCGGGUAUAAAUUCCGCCCGGCGUCCGACAACCCGUACCUUCAGCUUCCCCAGGAAGACGACGCCGAUGACCUGGAAAUGGAGGCAGUUGUGACAACCACAGGAGUGACAGAGGGUGUGAAGAAAGUGAAAAAAGUCGUCAAUGGAUCUUCGGAGCCGCAGGAUUCGGGACCUGCUGGCUUUUAAUUUAAUUUCUGUACUCCAUUGGAGGGGAAAACCGUCGGUACCGCACUCCCCGCUAAACCAAAUACUCACAAAAAAAAACAUUUCCCCCGCAGAAAACAAAUGUAUGCAAGUUCUGGUCUCUGAUGCACCUCUAUGUUUUUUUUGGGGGGGGGGGAUUUUUUUUAUAUAUAUAGA